UACCCGUUAUUUUAACAUAAAUUUUACGUAGGUAUUAUUUGUAGAUUCGUCUAGCACAAAAAUAAUAAGGGCUUAACUAGCUGCUUAACCCGCUGUAACCUUGUGACGGGCGCGCAACCACACUGCCCUGAAAAGGAGGCGUUUCAGUAGACAGCGAACAUCGCGACGCUACACACAUGCGCUGAACCUCCCUCCGCAGCCUUCGCGUAAUGGGAUACAGUGCUUUCUACACUUAAUGUUCUGUUAAAACAUAGGGAUGUCGCCGCUACUUGGAGCUUUGUUGCGGUGGCGCCGCGAGGUAGUCGAGGAGUCUUCGCUCGAAGCAGCAACCGUAUCCACUGAAUCAUCACGUGAAUCAGAAUCGGCGAGCAAUGCUUACGUAUCGACGACCCCGGCGCCGACCACCGAGUCGCUGGGCGAGGUGACGGCCGACCUGGCACGCAAGAUGAACAUGGAGACGUGGCAGCUGGUCGCCAUCCUCAUUGGCGUGGCUGCGGUGGUGUUGGGGAUAUGUUUUUGCUGCAUCCGAAGAUGCUUCCGGAAAAGGCGAUCCAAGGAUGGCAAGAAAGGAAUGAAGGGGGUCGACCUCAAGUCCGUCCAGCUCCUGGGAUCAGCGUAUAAGGAAAAGGUUCAGCCCGACAUGGAGGAGCUCACGGAGAACGCGGAAGAACCUGAUGAUGGAGACUCCAAAAAGGAGGAGCAGAAGCUAGGCAAACUCCAAUAUAAGCUAGAAUACGACUUCAAUAGCAACAGCUUGUCAGUAACCGUUAUUCAAGCGGAAGACUUACCUGCGCUGGAUAUGGGCGGUACGUCUGAUCCCUACGUCAAGGUCUACCUGCUUCCCGACAAGAAGAAGAAGUUCGAGACUAAAGUUCAUAGGAAAACACUAAGUCCGGUGUUCAACGAAACUUUCGUCUUCAAGAACGUGCCGUAUGCAGAUGCAAUGAAUAAGACUCUCGUGUUCGCAAUCUUCGACUUCGAUCGAUUUUCGAAACACGACCAAAUCGGUGAGGUGAAGGUGCCGCUAUGCCAAGUAGACCUGGCGCAGACCAUCGAAGAGUGGCGCGAGCUGCAAAGCGUUGAAGGCGAGGGGGGUCAGUUGGGAGAUAUAUGUUUCUCGCUGCGUUAUGUACCGACUGCCGGAAAACUCACAGUAGUCAUUUUGGAAGCGAAGAAUCUGAAGAAAAUGGACGUCGGUGGCCUAUCAGAUCCGUACGUAAAGAUAGCACUCAUGCAAAACGGCAAACGACUCAAGAAGAAGAAGACGAGCAUCAAGAAAUGUACACUGAAUCCCUAUUACAACGAGUCAUUUACUUUUGAAGUACCAUUCGAACAAAUACAGGUGCGAGCCGAGAUUGCAAAAUUCGAUAUCGUCGCAUACAGACAGGACGUUUCGAAUGAAAACACAAAAAAUUCGCCCAUCGGCAUUGUUUUAAGGCCUCCCCCCAUGGGCGCGUUAUUAUCGGUUGAUAAUAUCGGAUGCGUGAUUGCGAUAUCUAUUUUUACAUUACAUACACACAUUACAUUGUGUAGAGAACAGCCACGAAGUUACACACUGCUACGAUAAUAACGAAGCAAUAGAUGUAUGACGAAAUAUCGCAAUAACGCAUUCGAUAUUACUGACCGAUACUAACGCACCUAUGGGAGGGCGGGAAGCUUUAGGUUCAUUCGAAAUCGUCUGCUCUGUACGCAUUACUUUGAUGUUGUGUAUUAAAUGUUGUGAAUAUGGAAAACUUACACCACUCGCAUCCAUACCAAUCCUAUCCCGUGUUUGACAGAUGUUUGUUGUUUUAUGUGAAUGGUUGAUGUGAUCAUUGACAUGUUCGCCAUUCAAAUUUAUUUUGCUACUCUUAUUUGAAUGUUUAUUUAUUUACAGUGCAUUGAUAAAAUAAAAUGUUAUACUUUAGUUUUUUUUUUUGAUAAUUUAAUUAUAUUUCGUUAGUGUCAGUGUGUUAUGCUACGGCCACACUGUCGCGCUAUCGCGAAAAUUUUCCGUUUUCACGAUAAGUUGUAUCAAGCAAUAGUCACAUUUCAGAACGCGGUCAGAAAUGUGAAUAUUGCUUGGUUAGAUGCGUCGUAAAAACGGCAAAAGUUCGCUAUAGUGCAGUAAGUGUGGCCGCAGCAUUAUAUUGCUAACUUUAUAGCUAGUGGGUAGUAUUUUUAGUGUUGUGUUGGUCUCAUCUACUGUCUUCCUAAAAUCUUUUAUCUGUCUCUAAUCCUAACUGUGAAUAUCCAGUCAAGUCCCAUUUUGUCCCUCUUUGUAUUACUAAAAGCCACACUUUAUACAGUAGUUUCGAGAUGUUGACCUUUAUCUGCAACACAAUGUUACGGUUGAAGGUUUUCAUGACUCCUGAAAGUGGUAUCAAGGAUGGCUUUAAUUAGUAUGAAGAGAAAAUUACUGAAGUGGUGUUGUAUAAUCUCCCCUCGUAACUGCAUUACAAUUUGGUGACUUCAAAUUGUAAUUACUUAUGGUUUAAGGAAUCCAGUCCCUCGUUCUUCUUCUGCAUCAUGUCUCUUUUCAUAUUUUCACGUUUUCCUUCUUUCACCUCUGCUUUAAACCCCAAUUAUAAAGUAAGUAUCUAAUAUGCUUAAUUUAAUUAAUUACUGUUAGAAAGCGAAUGUUGGCAUGUUAUCCGCUGACCAUUUUUAUUUUUAUGAUCAAGAACACAACAGAUAUACACAUUCUUCCACAGACAGACAAAUUUCACACUGAUGUUUGCGCUUUCGGAAGUAUUAAUAGAUAUUGUGGAGACGACACAUUUUUUUAGAAACAAAUAAGUAUGUUCGUAUACAUAAUACCUAUUAGUAUAUAAAAAACGCAAAUGUUGCUUUAUAAUUUCAUGAUCACAAUUAACAACAUUUUUUAUGAUAAAUGCUACAUCUUAAUUCAUAAAUUACAAUUAGGUAAGUAAGUAGUACCCGUCUAAAGUAUGUAUUUGGAUUCAGUACCUCUAGCAUGAACCAUUAUCGAUUUCGAAUAGUUUGCGAGUGUGAAAUGUCAAUGUCAAAUUUUAUAUGAAAACUUGAACAGCAGUGCUACAAAGUACGUAACGAGAACUAAAAAUCAGUAGAUACACAUUUCGCAAACGUUACGAAUUCGUAUUGGUUCGUACUAAAGGUACUGAAGUCAUUCAUCGAUACCUACUUGAGGCGAUAGCUUUCGACAUAACAUUACUUUGAAAGUCUUCACUAACAUAAUUAAAAUUUUCAUUCUUUCAGCCGCACUCAGAGAUGUCGAAUAAUUAUAAAGUUACAUUAAUGAUGAUGCUAUCUCUUUUACUGACAUAGAAAUAGAAUAAAACCUCAGAAUAAAGUAAACACGUGAUGUGUUUGACAAACAUUAGGUAAAUACCUACAUUAAAUCGACAUCUCUCAGUUCCGCCGCUGUUCUUAGAUUGUGAAAUAGUAGAACACCUGUAUGUUUUGAUUUUGAUAUAAGUAUAAACGUAUCAUCUUGGCUAUAAUUAAUUCAACAGGUACCUACUAAAUUUUCUUUUUUUUAAUAUUAUUCCUCGUAUGUAGUAAUGAAAUCGCCAUUGACCAAGACUAGAUCGUUACAUAAAAAUUCAGUAGAAUAAAAAAACAUAAGACAAGAAAAAAGGGGGUGCUCUGUUAAUAAUAAAGGAACAUGAACAUGAGUCACAUAAAUAUUUAAGGAUUCUGAUAUCACGUGGGUACUUACCUAAUCUGAUCAUGAUGAGAGUCCAGGCCAUUGUCUAAUUUUCCCCUUUGUACCUUCAUAGUAGCCAAGUUGUUACACAAGUUAAAACGAACUAAUUUUAAAUCCACUAAAUAUAACAUACAUAAAGGCAAGAAACAGUACUCCUCUUUCUAGGUACCUAUCUUUAAACAAUACUUGCAGCUACAACUUGCGGAAAUACCAAUGGAGAGACGUCGCAAUAAUAAUAAAUCAUAAUGGUUAGCAUAAAAUAAAAUAAUGGUAAAAUCAGCAUGGCAUGGGAGACACUAAAAUUUAAUUUUCAGUCAAAAAUGAACUUGUUUUCUCAAAAUAAGUAUUUAACCAUUAAGUACUUAUACUUUCCUAGCAAUGAUGCUUAGACUGAUUUUUGUUGAUUCUUGUUUCGACAUCUGACACUAUGUCACACGCCAAAUUUGUCAUCCCUUCGUAAAAUCUAGUACUUACCUACUCCUGGGAUUCCAAUAGUACGAGAUCCGAAGAGAAGUCGUCCUCGCCCCAUCUGCUUACCAGUAAGGAAUAUAUUAAUAAAAUCAUUUAUUGCAGGUAGCUAAGACCCAUAUUUAAAACAUGAUACAACAUAAUAUAAAAACUAAUUAAAAAUACACUUACAUUGUUAUAAUAUAAAGUCAAUCGUUUAUUUGCGAUUCCCAUCAAUGUGCACAGAUAGCCAAUAUCUAUAAAUUGGAUUGUUAAGAUCGUACAAACAUUUUAGUAUGCCGUUACCAGAGCGACGCAGUCGGUAAAUUCAAAACCAUUAAAAUAAAUUUAAAUUUAAAUUGGUGUAAUGGAGACAAAAACACAUUUAUUUAUUUUUAUUUUUCUGUUAAAUCGUUUGUCCCAAUGUUUAAAUAUAAUCAGUUUUCAAAAAUUUGGAAAAUACCCUAUUGUAGGUAUUUCCAACUCAUGCCUAUGCCGAAGAAUAAUGUAAUUAUAGAUCAUUUGGUUAAUUACUUGUUCUGUCUGCUCGAUGUUAUCGUCGUUCACAAUUGUAGAUGGACAAAUUAGAUGUAAAAAAGGCAACAAAAGUCUACAUAUGAAAGAUAAAGGUAAUCUGCCGAAACUUCAAACUCUGUGCCUACUCUCAAAAUCGUAAUAAAUAUAAUGCAAGAUCAAUUUUGGAAAUUGGCUAUUUUACAUUACUCUACAACCAAUGGGAGCGGUGUAUCAAUGAAAAUUUUUACAAAAAUGGGAAAAGUACUUUAUUUGGGAGCUUCCGUUGUAUGUGCUGCAUGAACGAUUAAAGUUGCGCGAAAAUCACGUAUGACGAAAUUAUUCCCCUAUAAAAGUUCUAUAAAAAUACCGCAAUUUGUUUACCUUAUUAGUUUAACGCACAAUUACCUUUUUCCUCAAACUAACGCGUAUUAGAAGUACAGGGCACCUGUAGUGUAUUAUAUUUAUACACCGUAAAUUAUGAGUUACCUGAGAAAUCUUACUAGCUAAUUCAGACAACGAUUUGGUUUACAUAGCUUCGAAAAUAUAUUUUUAUUCUUUAGUUAUUUUUCCGAAAAAUUACCACGUUAGCUCACUAAAUUGUGCAAUGAUGAAACCUCAACAAUUUAAAUUGUGAUAAAAAGAUUCAAAUAAAACUUCCUACUUUUAGGAUCUCCAUAGUAGGUUUAAACAGAGAAUAAUUCCUUAAUAGGUAUGGCGCCGUUUUAGGAUAUUUUUUAAACGAUUUAAAUCAAUAUUUUUCUAUGGGAGUGUAGUACGUUUACUGUUUAUAUUCUUACUAUAUUUUAGUUUCUUAGGUAACUCAAAAUUCACGGUGAAGAUAUACUGAAGUAUGAUGUAGCAUAGAUCAUUCAAACAUAUUCAAGUCCGUUAUGCGGAAUUUUAAAAACGACACUUGAUGUUUUGCUUGAGCUUUAUCACCGUAUAUAUUUGUUAGAUAUGUUUCCUGAACUAAAAACCUUAAAACUUAGAAACGAAAAAGGGGAUAUCGAGAGUUCUACUCACUCAUACUAAUCAGGAGAUAUGUACAACAAGUCCGUGAAAAAUAUCACACCCAGGGUCACGCCGCUCCUUAUUUGUGCGGUGUGCGGUGCACACAGACGCCAUCACAUCACCAAAAUCACCAAGAUUUGUACACAUUUUAUCAGUUUAAUUAAAUUGCACUGCAGAAAGUAAAUCUAGUAGUAACGGUGGUGGACUACGAUCGCAUCGGUACGUCGGAGCCGAUCGGCAAAGUGGUGCUGGGAUACAACGCGUCGGGCACGGAGCUGCGCCACUGGUCGGAUAUGUUGGCCAGCCCGCGGCGACCUAUUGCGCAGUGGCACACCCUCAAGGACCCUGAUGAUGGAGAAAAGAAGGACUAAGGAGAAAUGAGAUGAAAAGAUUCCUCUGGGAACUAGGAGUGCGAGCGUGAAGAACAUACUUCAUCUUUUAAUUCCAACUAAUUACUUUACUAUAGCGAAUUAUAUACUUGAUUAAGUAUAUUGCUUUAAUUAUUCUUAUUUUCUGUAAACACUAUUUGUACAUUGUGAUACUUAUAUUUUACGUUAUUAAUUCCAAUAAUGAAUAACUUGGUCAAAAGCUAAUGAAGUCCCUAUCUACGAUUUAUGUUGAAAAGUAAAAUAUACUGUUAUUUUUUGUCAAUCUAUAUAAUUGCAUACUUUAAACUUUCUCUUAUACAUUUUUUCCUUCACCUCGAUCGACCAUCAAUACUCGUCUUAUAUCUUGCUACUUAAACAAAUAGUUGUGGAGUUCGUUUGACAAAAUGUUAGAAUGUGAUGUGAGGAGUAGGGCUAUACGCUGCUAGAUUUCUUUUGCGACUUCCUCGUCUAUAAUAAACUGUUUUGAUAAUAUUUUUAUAGCUAACAAUAUCGCUUAACGAAAAAUAUUAUUUAGGCUUUAUUAGCCGGCUCCAGACCAACCGAACACGGCUCGCGAGCCACGCUCGGGCUUCCUGCUCGCAAGCCAUGGCACCAGAGACAAAUUUGAAAAGUUGCUAGCGUGCCUCGCGAGACAAGGUGAGUCGGUUUGAGCAUUAAAUUUUUCUCCGUAUAACGAUGGCAAACCACGUGUCAUUAGCUUAUGUUGUCUGGAUAUAUAGUAAAAAAGAAAAAAACGAAAACUCUGGAUUAAAAAAAAUCUCCAGCAAUCUUCUAGUUUACUUUUAUUUAAAUGAUGGAAUCCCACAACAUUUCAAAACUUUCGUAAAGUUGUAUCCAUUUUUAAUUUACUGGCUCGCAAGUGUCUUUACGUCAUUCCACACUGCGCGAUCUGCUCAGACUGAGGCACCUUUGAGUAUCGGCAAAAACUGACAAAUUAUGGCUCGCAACGUGUGCCCGUGGCAGCCCGAUCCGCGUCCAAACAGGCCGAGACAGCCUCGCGAGUCAAUUCCUGCCGUGCUCGGUCGGUCUGGACGCGGCUAUUGAGGUGUUUUAAUUGACUAAGUACAUAUUUUAUCUAAAAAGCGUUUAUUAUAAUCUAUGUAUAAUUUAUAUCGAUGCCCUAAUGUCUAAACACUAUGUAAAUAAGUUGAAUCCUGUUAAAAUUAUUACAUUCUAUUUUACUAAAAUGUAAGUGUUAUAAUAUUGAUACCCUUUUAUUGUAAAAAAAACAGUUCCUCUAUAGAAGAGAAAUUGUGUCAUUGUAGUUAUUUAUAUGAAAGUAUAUUUAGAUGUCUUACAACCUUAGUUAUUUAUGAAAUAUAUCAAUUUCUCUUCUUACGGGGGGCAAUAGGCCUAUCAUAUAGGUCCCUAGUAAUUAUUAUUUUAGGACAUGACAUUAUUUUAUUACACAUUCUUAUUAUUGUUUUAUUAUCCAAGGGAUUAUUUUAACAUCCAGGUUUGCUUAGCAAGCAAAUAUUUCGUAUGUAUCCUCAUCAAAGUGUUUUAUGGUUCUUUUUGUUUAGUUUUAACGUGCGAACGUCACCUAUUAAUUAUAUUGAUAAUAAAUAAAUGGACCCACUAACAACCUUGAGGUAUCAUCGAAUCUAUUAGAAAAUUACAUUUCAAAUCGUCAAAAGUCGUUUGGUUGGACUGCCUGCAAAUAACUUAUGUAAUAUUUAAUUGUGUCGAUGUAAAUCUGAUUUACUAAGAACCUUAAGUUAAAGCCUAGAUAUAAAAUUAAAAUUUAUUUUUAAUUUCAAUGUGAAAUCUAUAAUUAUAAUAAAAUAUAUACCUACAUACAUCUUAGCUAAAGCUUGACUGUUGUUGAUCUCAACUAUGUGUUAUUGUGUAUAUAAUGUAAUCACAUGUUAAAUUUCACAAUCACUUGAUAUAUCUACAUAUAGGAGUAUCGGGCGGGCUUCAGUAAAUUAGCAGUGCACCAUCACGAAACAAGUAGGAAUAGACUUGUGGUUCAAGUACUGUAUUUAACAAUAAAUAAUAACUAUGUUAAUAUAAUAUAGAAUAUACUUAUUAGUAAUUGCAACAGAUUCAUAGCUAGGAGUAGCUUAAAUUGUUUAAGACUAUUGCACAUAAUAAUAUAUACGUAUAGUAAUUUCUUAACAAUAGACAAUUAAUAAAGAUAUUGAUAAUAAUAAAUCUGUGACAUAAAUAUACCAGUAUCGUAGGUAACGAAUUUACUUUAAAGUCGUUUGUUCAAUAUAUACCUUUAUAUAGAUAGCAAAAUCAGUUGUACAAAUCUUUUUUUUAUAGAAUUCAUAGUUGUUAAGUAACAUGUAGCGUUUCCAUUUCUUGUUUACCCUAGUAUCCUAUGAAUCUGUUGGAACACGUCUCAAGCUUUGUACCCAAAACCGCAAAAUGCGAGCGGUGGGCCUCGAUAGUGACAAUAUAGAAAAUCCACAUGAUAAUUAAUAAUUUUUAUAAUCUUAAGAACAAACGAAGUACCCAUGUGUAUAAUCGCUAGAAUACUGAAAUGAACGUAUAAAUAAAUUUAAAUCUACGAUUUAUAAAAACUCCGGUCAGCAGAUAGAAUAUUAUUAGCCGCGAAAUUCGUUGUGAGUGUUUUAACUGGUAUCCUUUAGUCAGAUUAAAGUAGUUACAAGUUAAAACAUUCAACAGAUUAGAACUAUUAUAAAUAAGUUGUUGAGACUAGCCUCGUAACUGCAUAUUUUAAUGUUAUUAUAAUUUUUAAGCAAGAGUUGAUAAAAACAUAAAAACCAAACUAAAAUUGUCCAGCGAGCAUGAUUCAUCUGUCUUGUGCAAUCCUGGCUUGUUCCUUGAGUAGUCAUUGGCUAGUUACCAGUAUUAUAACGUCCAGACAUUGAGUAUAGAUACUCCAAGCGUCCAGGAAACGGAACAUGAAUUCAUGAACACGCUGAUUGCGUGUAUAAAUGGGGCAUGUCACGAUGUCAAAAUGUAGAAAACUAUUUCGUUACGACUGCUGCUUUUCUAUAUAUAAGCCUGUUUAAUUAAAUGAAAAUAAUUUAUAAGGUGUAACAACACCCAGUUACGGGGCGACCGCAACGAACAACAUGCCUCGUGUUCUUCUAUGCGUACUAUUUGAAGUUAGUAUUGACGUGUUGAACUGUUGUAUCGAAUGCUGUUUGUUAAACUUUGAAGUUCGCUGAAUUAAGUGAGAGCGUAAAGAACAUAACCAAUACUGUCAUAUUAACGCAAAAAUGCAGGGUUUUACCUUUCAUAGCUCCAUUGCCCAGUUAUUGCACAUAACUUGAUAACAUCCUAGAUUUUGUUUUGUGGUGUUAAUGUAGACCUAACAUGUAUAUAUCCUUAAAAUUUACUAUUUAUAUAUCCUUAAAAAUCAUAUCACUUAUCACUUGAAAAAGUCAUUGUCAGAUUAAUGUUGUGUUGAACAUUAUUUUAACUAAAAUGUUUAUAUCCCAAUUUUUUUGUUAACAUUAUUUAAUUACUAGAGUUUAUUGAAGUAAUGAAUUAUGUAAACUAUGAAGAAUGUCUAUAAUACAUAAUUAAAUAGAUGUCGUUUUAUUAUUUCAAAAUAACUCAAAUACUUAUAUUUAUAAUUAAAAUAUGUUUUGUAAUAUGGAUGACAACUAACUAUUUUACUUCGUAUAUCAGGUAGAUUAUCGCAUUUUAUGUAACCCACAAUGUCAAAUGAAACACCUUUACAAGUAUUAAAUAUUUAAAAGAAGAAAUGGCAAUUAAAGUAAUAUUUUUAUUUUUUAAGCAUUUAACUGCUAGAUGUUUAAAUCUAAAGAAAAGAUUACUAGAAAAAAAUCCACGCGGACCAGGCAGCAGACGGGAUUAGAAACCGCACCCUUUGCUAUCAGGGCUAAUGCACUGACCAUUAUGCUACCGCAACCCUGACAGCCGUGUCGAAUUUUCUCUAGCCUUAGGCUGCAAGGCAGCGCCAUCUCUUUGCAUUGUAGGUAACCCACAAUUUCAAAUGAAAUACCUUUACAAGCAUUAAACAUUUGAAAAAAGAAAUAGCAAUUACAGUAAUGUUUUUAUUUUUUUUCUUUAUGUAACAGAUGGUAUAAAUAGAAUUUUGUUUAUGCUGUCAUCAUCCCUAUUAUCAUGCUUUCCAAUCGGAAUUAUUAUUAAAUUGAAUAUAGUGACACAUAUCAAAAUCAA